GCAGAAAGAGAUGCUUCCGAGAUGGAUGAGUUAUAGCUAAGAGAGAAGGACGAAAGCCAGAGAAAGGGAGAAAAGGAGUGCUGUGGGAAGAGUGCUCUGCGACUGAGUCGGCCUCAGGAGAGCAGACAUCUGGAGACAAGUGCACCCCAUCACCUCAGGAAGGAGCUGUCUGUCCGAGUCAUCACCAUGAGCACGCGGAAGAGCUGCCCUCUAACACAGGGACAAGGAGAUGGAGAGGAGAAGGAGAGUGAGGGCACUCCAGACCUGCAGCCUCAGGAGUGUGAGCUGGAGCUGAGGAACAAAGCUAUUCUGCAACAAAAAAGGCGUCUUAAACAGGCCACACAAUUUGUGCACAAGGACUCUGCUGACCUGCUUCCCCUGGACGGUUUGACGAGGCUUGGUACCUCCAAGGAUCUGCAGCCACACAGCGUGGUCCAGCGGCGCCUUGUGGAGGGCAAUCUGACCAAGCUGCGGGGCGAGACAAGGGUUCAGUCUGCAUGGGUUCAAUCACCGCUGGCAAAAGACCAAGAUGCAAAGAAGGAAAAGGGAGAGCACAGGAGAAAAGAGACUCCACACCUGCUAAUACAGUGUCAGUGCCAAGGUCAGGUAUUGAAAGCAACUGUUAACACAGGAUGUCAACCAAAUCUCAUCUCCAAGCGCUGUUUAAAACAGCUGGGGCUAGAAGAAGUGUCUGCCAUGGACUGUGGAGAUCUCUGUCUUCCCAUCCCCAGCGUUGUUGGCCGAGUAGAACACUUGGAGGUGCAGCUUGGCCAGGAGACAGUGUUGUGCUCAGCACUGGUUGUAGAUGAUGAAGUGCUUGAGUUUUCCUUUGGUCUCCAGACCCUGUUGUCGCUAAAGUGCUGCAUCGACUUGGAGGAAGGAGUCCUGAGACUUAAAGCACUGAGUCAAGAGCUGCCUUUCCUACCUGCCUCUGAAGAGCUCGGUCAAUGACUGGCUGCAUAUCCCAUCUCUGGGGGACUUGCACGUCCCAGGCUUCUGACCAGGCCUCUCCCCUCUGCACUCCAGCUGCUGGACCUGCAUUCCCAUCACCUCACCUACCACCUUUGCUGCAUCCUCAAACUGAGCUGCUGCCACUAAGUUUAAAUGCUGCAGUGAAUUACAGCACCUGAAUUACAGUCCUCUGCUCUGCCAGCUCCCUACUUUCAACUUGAAAGCUGGUGACUGGACACAGAUACAUCAUCAACCUCAAGCCCUGGCAUCUCACAGCCUCUGGUACUCCCUGGUACUCCGGCAUAAACCCAGAGACACAGACUUUCUUGUAGUAUCAGCUUAGGUCAGAAGACUGUGGACUCAUGUGAAUAAGAUGGAUAUAU